CGGCUGGCUUUAGGGAUGGGCAAUGCCGCUGAAAAACAGAAGCCCCUGAGACAAAGCCAUCUGUGCCCCUGGAAACAAGACUCUCAGCGUUCUCAUCUCUCCUCCUUCACCAUGAAGCUGAUGGACAAAUUCCACUCUCCCAAAAUCAAGAGAACACCAUCCAAGAAGGGAAAGCCAGCCGAAGUGUCGAAGAUUCCCGACAAGCCUGUGAGCAAAGAGGCAAGAGACAGAUUUCUACCAGAGGGCUACCCUAUCCCCUUGGAUCUGGAGCAGCAGGCAGUAGAAUUUAUGUCCACCAGUGCUGUGGCUUCCAGGUCUCAGAGGCAGAAGAACCUGUGCUGGCUGGAGGAGAAAGAGAAGGAGGUUGUCAGUGCCUUGCGCUACUUUAAGACCAUUGUGGACAAAAUGGCCAUUGAUAAGAAGGUUCUGGAGAUGCUUCCAGGGUCAGCCAGCAAGGUGCUGGAGGCCAUCUUACCCCUGGUACAGACUGACCCUCGGAUCCAGCACAGCUCAGCCCUCUCCUCCUGCUAUAGCCGAGUAUACCAGAGUCUCGCCAACCUCAUCCGAUGGUCUGACCAGGUGAUGCUAGAGGGUGUGAACUCAGAAGAUAAAGAGAUGGUGACGACUGUGAAAGGGGUCAUCAAAGCCGUGCUGGAUGGAGUGAAGGAGCUAGUAAGGCUAACCAUUGAGAAGCAGGGGCGGCCAUCACCAACAAGCCCAGUGAAGCCCAGUUCCCCAGCCAGCAAGCCUGAUGGCCACCCUGAGCUCCCUCUGACAGACCGAGAAAUGGAGAUUCUGAACAAGACUACAACAGGUGUGUCACCAUCCGCUGAACUGCUCCCAGACUCCACUAGUGAAGAGGUCGCGCCCCCCAAGCCUCCUUUACCUGGCAUUCGGGUGGUUGAUAACAGUCCACCAGCAUUACCACCCAAGAAAAGGCAAUCAGCUCCAUCCCCUACCCGAGUGGCUGUGGUAGCCCCUAUGAGUCGAGCUACCAGUGGCUCCAGUUUGCCUGUUGGAAUCAAUAGGCAGGACUUUGAUGUUGACUGUUACUCCCAGAGGCGCCUGUCGGGAGGCAGCCGCUCCUGUGGUGGUGAGUCUCCUCGCUUGUCCCCCUGCAGCAGCACAGGCAAACUCAGCCGGUCAGAUGAGCAGCUGUCUUCCCUAGACAGGGAUAGCGGGCAGUGCUCACGAAACACAAGCUGUGAAACACUAGAUCACUAUGACCCUGACUAUGAAUUCCUCCAGCAAGACCUCUCCAAUGCAGACCAGACCCCUCCACAGGCGGCCUGCAGCCUCAGCCCACUACCGGAGUCCCUGGGGGAGGCUGGGCCACCAUUUCUUGGCCAUCCUUUGCAGCUGCCUCUGGGCAGCUGUCCCCAGCAGGAAGGGCAGCAGACAGACACUCCACCUGCCCUUCCUGAGAAGAAGCGCAGGAGCGCAGCCUCCCAGACUACGGACAGUUCUGGCUGCAAGGUGUCCUAUGAAAGACACCCCUCACAGUAUGACAACAUCUCAGAAGAUGACCUGCAGAACCCGGUCCCAGUCCAGCCUGUGCCCUACACGCCCUUUGCUGCUAUCCUUCCCUUUCAACAGGGAACUUCCUCAGCCCCUGUUGAGUUUGUGGGUGAUUUCAGUGCUCCAGAGUCAGCGGGUGACCCCGAGAAGCCACCUCCUCUACCAGAGAAGAAAAAUAAACACAUGCUGGCCUACAUGCAACUGCUGGAGGACUACUCGGAGCCGCAGCCCUCCAUGUUCUACCAGACGCCGCAGAGUGAGCACAUCUACCAGCAGAAGAACAGGAUGCUCAUGGAGGUGUACGGCUUCAGCGACGCCUUCUGCGGCAGCGACUCCUUACAGGAGCUGGCCCCCCCUCCCGCCCUGCCCCCCAAGCAGCGGCAGCUGGAACCACCAUCCGGGAAGGACGGACAUCUCAGAGAUCCUUCAGUCAACAGUGCAUCUGGGAAGGACAGUAGAGAAAAUGGAGAGAGGUCCCCAAAGUCACUGGAUGCUCUGGAGUCAGCCCAGUCAGAAGAGGAAGUGGAUGAACUGUCCCUCAUUGAUCACAAUGAAAUUAUGUCCAGGCUGACACUCAAGCAAGAGGGUGAUGAUGGGCCAGAUGUUCGUGGAGGUUCAGGAGACAUCUUACUGGUCCAUGCUACUGAGACAGACAGAAAAGAUACGAGAAGUUCUCUCCCUUUGCUGACACAUUCAAGAAGCGCGUCAGCAAGAACACUUUCUUUGUGCUGGUGCGAGUCGUGGAUGAGCUAUGCCUGGUGGAGCUGACCGAGGAGAUCCUGAAGCUGCUGAUGGAGCUAGUCUUCCGCCUUGUGUGCAGUGGAGAGCUCAGCCUGGCCCGCGUGCUCCGGAAGAAUAUACUGGACAAGGUGGACCAGAAGAAGCUGCUCAGGUGUGCCCAUUCCGACCAGCCUCUGGCAGCCAGGGGUGUCGCAGCCAGGCCAGGGACCUUGCAUGAUUUCCACAGCCACGAGAUAGCAGAGCAGCUGACACUGCUGGACGCUGAGCUUUUCUACAAGAUAGAGAUCCCUGAAGUUUUGCUUUGGGCCAAAGAGCAGAAUGAGGAGAAGAGCCCCAAUCUGACCCAGUUCACGGAGCACUUCAACAACAUGUCCUACUGGGUACGCUCCAUCAUCAUGCUGCAGGAGAAGGCCCAGGACCGGGAGAGGCUGCUUCUGAAGUUCAUCAAGAUCAUGAAGCACCUGCGCAAGCUGAACAACUUCAACUCCUACCUAGCCAUCCUCUCAGCUCUGGAUUCGGCACCCAUCCGCAGACUGGAGUGGCAGAGGCAGACCUCAGAGGGCCUGGCCGAGUACUGCACAUUGAUUGACAGCUCAUCCUCUUUCCGAGCCUACCGGGCUGCCCUCUCAGAGGUGGAACCCCCAUGUAUCCCAUACCUAGGUCUGAUCCUGCAGGACCUGACCUUCGUUCACCUGGGAAACCCAGACUAUAUCGAUGGGAAAGUGAACUUCUCCAAGCGGUGGCAACAGUUCAACAUCUUGGACAGCAUGCGGUGCUUCCAGCAGGCGCACUAUGAAAUCCGGAGAAAUGACGACAUCAUAAACUUCUUCAAUGACUUCAGCGACCACCUGGCCGAGGAGGCCCUAUGGGAACUCUCUCUGAAGAUCAAACCCAGGAACAUAACAAGGCGGAAAACAGACCGUGAAGAGAAGACCUAGGAGCAGGCUGGGUGUGAGAACGCCGAGCGGCCCAGAGAGGACCUGGACCAUCCCAGCUUCAGAGCCUGUCACAGCUUGGCUGUGUGGCAGCACCUGAGCCUGCGGGGCUGGUUUCCUGCCUCUCUCCCUGUGGCUAAAGCCCCAGGGUUCACAACAAGUGCAGGCCUCAGGACUGGCUUGUGAACUAGCGGC